AUGUCUGUUCGUCGAAAAAGUUUCGAGGAUUCCUCCGUAUUACGCUGUACUUUUACUGCGCAUUGGAACUGGGCUGCGCACUUCCCGUUAUCCUUCAUGAACACCCAACUCUCGGUCCGACAGCUGCCUGGCUCAAAUACCGUUCUCUUCGUAGCCAACUCAUCGACACCAAAGACUACACCAGGAAUCGCUCGAAUGGCUACAUUUAAUGAGUUUAUGGGCUAUUUGCUGGAACCACUUCUGUUCAUUGCUCCUUACCCAUAUCUUGCAUUCUACCCAACCUAUACUGCUGCGCGCCAUGUCCGCUCUAUCAGCAUGUCAGCUGCAGAUGAGCGGACAAGUGGCAUAAUGGCACAGGAGAACAACCCUUCUCUCUUCAAUGUUAUCUAUCCAACCAGGGGCAUAUUGUUAUGGUUUAUGUGGUCUUUCCCAAGGCAGCUGGCCAUACCCUUUCUUGCAAAGCACCUACCUGUGUGUCUAGGCAAGUGUAUCACAAUGAUAGCAUCUGCUCCGGUCCAGCUGCUAUGGCUUCAUGCGGUACUGUCUGAUACGCCACUGUCGCUGAGUGCUUCAACAAGAUAUCUUCGGUCUAUAACAGCGAUACAGUGGCUGCAAUUUAUCGCCACCAUCCUCUCAUUCUGUCUCAUUGAAGAGACCAUAGAACUCGCCAUCGACGAGAGUCUGAAAUUGUUCAUAGGCCACGAAGAUUUGAGUGGUGACAUUAACACAAGUGAAGCAAGAUCGGUGGUUCGUAUAAUCAUGGCCCACUACGCUUUAUCAAAAGCUGUGAAGCUCGUACUAUGGGUUCCAGCUACUGUUGCGGCUGUGCAAGCGGCUCCUGAUAUCCACAGAGGAGAACGUGGUCAAGUCACAAACGAGUUCUGUGCCAGCAUGGUCGAUUGCAUGAAAUCUAUGCCACUGUCGCUGUGGGUCAGGUGCGGCAUCUACUACAGUGUUGCAGCAGCUAUCGGGGUCUUGACAAAGGUGGUCGACGGUGCAUUCGUCGUGCAUGUCAAAUUAGGUGGUGAAAAGACGUCACAGCUUGGUGAUCUUGAGUCAUCGAAGUAG